GAACUUUUUCACUUAAUGGCUUCAGCUUUUGGUUUCACAUUCAUUUGUUACUUACAUGCUUUACUUAGUUACUUGUGGCGACUAACGGCGGAACCCUUUCUGCUUCCACCUUUUCCUCUUUACCUUAUUAGUCUCUUUGAUUUUCUCAACAUGCAAAGCAUUAGAAAUUCCAUCUUGUGGCAUGUGAGGGUAGGGAGUUCAGCCGAAAAAUGGUUGCUCACUGAAAGAGGAAAUGUGCUGAAAUCUCUGAGCCGCCACAUGUGUGCUGCAACAGGUACUACCAGUACUGAUCAGACAAUGGACCGAGUGAUUGGACUCGUGAAGAAAUUUGAUAAAAUUGAUGCAUCUAAGGUUACUGAAACAGCUGAUUUCCAGAAGGACUUAAGCCUGGAUAGUUUGGACAGGGUGGAGCUUGUUAUGGCCUUUGAGGAAGAAUUCUCCAUUGAAAUCCCUGAAGAGAAAGCAGAUAAGCUGACCUGCUGCGCUGAUGUUGCAAGAUACAUAGUUUCUGGAGCUGAGCAGAAGAGUGUUUAAGUCCUGCGUAAUUCCCUUGGGAAUUGCAUGUAGAUUGGAAGGAAGAUCAAUAAUGAAAUCCCCAAAUUCAUCUGUGAAGCCUUGUGCCAAGCUUGAUUUUCUUUUUCUCCCACUAACAUGGCAAUUGACAGAAACCAAAGCACCUGCAGAUUUUGGAGAAAAAAGAAAAGAAAAGAAAAGAGAAGCAGAUAAUGAUGAUGGCGAUGGUGAAGAUCAUUGUUACAUUGACUGAACAAUAAUUUCGUAGUUAAUUGGAAAAUGCCAUAAUUAAAUUCGCAAAAUAUAUCCUUUUCACUUUAUUUCAGCUAAAUGGUUGUUUUCGAUGGAGCUCUGUAUCCACGAAUUAAAGAAUAUCAUAUGCGAGUAAAAUGAUGUUUUUGCUUUUC